CGUCCCGUGCGGCGGCACCUCCUCGCGCAUCACCGAGGUGCAUCCCCUCCUCCCACCUCGAUUACCAAACACAGGAGCACCAAUCCGACUGCUGAUUCGUUGCUGAUGCAACUUAAGUAAACAAAUCUCCCAGUUGACGAAAGAGAACCACCGCCCGACGGGCGACUGCCGCAUACCCCAACCAGAGCUCUUGUUCUUGGACUCUUGCUGCCGCUGCCCCGAAUCACCACUGCUUUCUUCCUCCAAGGUUACACGCAUCAGCGCCAGCAUCCCAGGCUUAGGAUGGAGAGCAACGCGUCUCCUUGGAGCCGCAACUAAGCAAGUAAGCAACGCUUGCCAGUCUUUCCUAGUAGCGUAGAUCACAGAUCUUGCCAGACAGUUGCCCGUCCAUGUUCUUCAAUCGCUUUGUAGGUUCUCUAAGCGGAAUCGUUGUGUUCUAGAGGGAAAAAGAGAGUUACAGUAGAUGUGGGAUUGAGAUUCAUGAACCUAUAAGUGACUGCGACACGGAUAGGCUUUCUUGUGGAUAGAAGCUUCAAGGAAUUAUGAUGGACCCUGGUUCUCGUGAUAAUCUUGAUUUUGGUGAUCAGUUGUCCACCCCAAAUCCGCCCACCCCUCACAUGAUUAAUUUCUCCCUCCAACAACAAUCACAAGUUCAAUAUUUCCCUUCAUAUGGAUUCCACAGCCACAACCCUCCCGUGAGUUCUCAUCCAUCGCCACCCUGGGUCAUGCUUGGCUGCACCACACCGAGUCCGGCAUCAACAACCACAACAGAGCUGGACAGCGCCGAUGAUGCCGAUGAUGCGGUCCUUGCAUACAUCAAUCAAUUCCUUCUCGAAGAUGAGGAUGACGAAUCCUACCCUGUUAGCAGUGCAUCUGUGGAGGAUUCAGCCCUCCUCGCCGUCGAGAAACCCUUUGUUGACAUUCUUAAGUCUGCUAAGCCUAUCAUGGCACAGGCCUAUGAAAUGAAAUCUUGGAUGACUGACGAUUGUGAGUCCACUGGAAGCAGAGGAUUUCAUGAUGUGGUCACAAGUAAUCAGAACUCUUCCCAAUUACCUAGUCAGAUGGUGGUGGAGUGUUCAGUUGGUGCCACUCAUAAAGGUAGGAAGACGAAGAACCCACACGAUGAUGAUCUGGAGAUGGAGGAGAGGAAGAGCAAACAAUUGGCAUUGUGCGAUGAGGAGACUGUCCGAGAGAUGUUUGACAAAGUCCUUUUGUGUACUGAUGCAAAUUGCGAGUUCCACUCACCAAUGCCAGCUGAAGCACAAAUCAAUGGCAGAUAUGUGAAAGGAUCGGGAAAUAGAAGAGGCCGAAGGAAGGGAAGAUCUGGUACUAGUCCAGAAGAGGAGGCGGUCGAUCUCACAACCCUACUUAUACACUGUGCUCAGGCCGCAGCUAUUGAUGAUCACCGAAACGCAAAUGAGUUGUUAAAACAGAUUAGGAAGCAUUCUUCUGCUACUGGAGAUGCUGGCCAGAGAUUGGCACACUACUUCGCUAAUGGUCUCGAGGCUCGCCUAGCUGGCACUGGUAGCAGCAUCUACCGUUCACUUACUUCAAAGAGAACUUCUACUGGUGAAAUGCUGAGAGCAUUCGGUUUAUAUGUUAAGGCAUGCUCAUUUAGGUUAAUAUCGCACUACGUUGCAAAUACGACCAUCUUGAAUGCUUCUAAGAGUGAAGCAAGGUUGCACAUUAUUGACUAUGGGGUACAGUAUGGUUUUCAGUGGCCAGUCCUCAUGCAGCGUCUCUCAAAGAGAUGUGGUGGGCCCCCAAGCCUUCGGAUCACUGGUAUCGAUUUUCCCCUACCAGGAUUCCGCCCUGCAGAGCGUAUAGAGGCGACAGGGCGACGGUUACAUGAGUAUGCCCGUAUGUUCAACAUUCCCUUCGAAUAUCAAGCUAUUGCUUCCAAGUGGGAUACCAUCCAAGUUGAAGAUCUCAAGAUAAAAAGCGAUGAGUAUCUUGUCGUCAACUGCCUUUACCGAAUGAGGAACAUGAUGGACGAGACAGUAACAGAUGACAGCCCCAGAACAAGGGUUUUGAACACAAUCAGAAAGUUGAAUCCCCAUUUGUUCGUUCAUGGGAUUGUCAAUGGUACUUACAAUGCACCCUUCUUCGUGACACGGUUCAAGGAGGCUAUGUUUUUUUUCUCUUCAAUCUUCGAUAUGCUUGAAGCAAAUGCCUCACGGAUGGAUGAACAUAGGCUGCUGAUAGAAAGUGAAUUCUUUGGACGGGAAGCUCUUAAUGUGAUUGCCUGUGAGGGCACAGAGAGGAUUGAAAGGCCAGAGACCUACAAACAGUGGCAGAUGAGGAACCUCAGGGCAGGUUUUAGGCAGCUACGCCUGAACGAAGAGAUAAUGAAGAGAGCAAGAUACAAGGUGAGCAAGAGCUACCACAGGGAUUUCCUUGUUGACGAAGAUAACAAGUGGAUGCUACAAGGUUGGAAGGGCCGUAUCAUAUUUGCUCUUUCAGCAUGGACUAGCUAGACCUGUAAAUAUUAGUGGGCUCAGCUGACAUUUUCUAUGAAUUUAUUAUUUUUUUUCGUCAUUUCAUUUUGUUGUAUGAUGUUUAUGUCCAUGAAUUCUGGCCGUUCUCCUGAAGCCAAAAUUUUGAAAUUUUAAUUGCCUGCAAUAAAAGAUGCUUGUUGGUGUCUGCAUAA